AGUCGACCAGUUGAUAUCCGGCAUCUGUAGCGAGCGGGAGCAAGAUGCUGAACACUCCGUGGCUACUAGGAGCGUUCAUGCUCUUGGCAGCGGCGUAUCAAGUGGAUGCAAGCCCGAGUUUAUUUGUUACCUCACCGAACUUACUGAGGGUGAAUUCUUCUGAGGAUAUAUGGGUCACGCUGCAUGGCCCACCCGACCUUAGUGUGUCAGUCAGUGUUUAUCUAGAGAACUAUCCAGAUAGGGCCCGUCGGUUCUCCAACCAAACGAUCACUGUGAAAAGUGAUGAGAGUAAGAAGGUUACUUUGCGAGUAGGUUGGGGUGACAUCCCUCUAGGAUCACAGCAGACCUACGUCUACCUUGUGGCCAAGGAAGAGAACACUCGUGCGGCCCCCAGAUUCUCGAAAGAAUCGGUCAUCUUACUCUCCAAGAAAUCGGGCUACCUGUUCUUACAAACAGACAAGCCUCUCUACAAUCCUCACGAAAAGGUAAACAUCCGUGCAGUUUCUCUGAACUCUGACAUGAAGCCUUCCAACAUCAACAUCACUAUUGAUAUUAUUAAUCCAAACGGCGACCUCAUCAAGCGGUACCCGAAAAGACAAGCGACCAACGGAUUUAUCAGUGAAGUGUUCUAUCUCCCAAGGAUUCUGACAUAUGGAAAUUGGACCCUUCUAGCUAGUUACGCAGAGAGACUGCAACCCAAUGUGACAAAGACUAAAAUAGAAUUCGAAAUCAAGGAAUACGUGCUGCCAAUGUUCUCGGUUAAGGUGGAGGUAUUACAUGAGUACAUAUUAAGCUCUCAGGAGGAAAUCCAGUACAGGAUAACUGCAGAAUACGUUUUCGGUACACCAGUCAAAGGGCGCGGCACUGCCUACAUCUUCCUUCUCUACCCUGAAGGCAUAGAGGAGGAGAUUGACAGGAAGUCGAUAGAAAAUGUAGCAGAAAAUAUUCCGCUGGCAAUUUCGAAAGACAAAUUUGAGAAGCAGCAGUUUCCCCCUGAAGGUACUCGUCUCCUAAUCAAGGUUACUGUGACUGAAGCGGCCACAGGCAAACGUGAGCAAGGUAGCGACUCAUCAGCCAUCUUCGUGACGAGCCCGUAUGUCAUUUCGUACGAGCGGACGCCAAGGUAUUUCAAACCUGGCCUUUCUUUUAAAGUUAAGGUCGACUUGACAUUCCCAACCAAAGCUGUGGCCGCCAAUGUUAAAAUCGUCAUACAGGCUCUGGUCACUUUAGAAUCUGGGCAGCGGGAAGGAGCACACAGCAACAAGGCGGAGGAGGAGACAUAUGUCACAGACAUAAAUGGUAGAAAAGAGAUCGUCUUGGACAUCAAUGCCGAGGCAAAGCAUUUAACAAUCAAUGUAACCACUCAGGGCGAGGUUCCCGCAGAUCACCAAGCGAGCAAGUUGAUCACGUUCGUGUCGCAUUCAAGUUCUCUAAAAGAGUACAUGAUUCUUCAGCUGGGCUCACUUGGGUCUCCGAUAACUAUCAACAACAAGCUCCAAAUGAGGCUGAGUUUCUCUAAGGCUGGAAAUAAGAAAGUCAACUUAAUGGUUGUCGCCCGAGGCAAGAUACUGCAACAUUUUGUCAAAGAUAUAACCUUGGGACAAAAUGACAGGGCUCCACACGAGAGUAUUCAAAUCACCCCGAUUAUGUCACCACGAGCCAGGGUCAUCGCCUACUAUUCCAGCGGGUGUGAGAUCAUCAGUGAUUCACUGCUGCUAGAUAUCGUCAAGAAAUGCGGCAGUGAGUUGACCAUUACCUAUGUGAAAAAGGUAAAUCAUUUUUACAGUCCAGGGGACCCACUGCCGCUCAAAGUAACAGCUGGAAAGGGGUCGAGUGUUUCUUUGCUGGGAGUGGACAAGGCUGUCUAUCUACUUAGUGAGAAGGAUAUACUGACCAGGAGUAAGAUGUUUAAAAAGAUGCAAGAAAUGGACAUAGGCUGUGGCCCUGGAGGCGGCAGGGACUCCUCUGACGUUUUUAAGCAAGCUGGACUGAUUGUUAUGACGAACAGUUGUGGUCACGUAGUCUCCCCGAGGAGAAACACCGAGCAGUGUGAACAGAACGUGGUCAGAAGAAAACGAGAUGUAAUGGAGGCAGUCACAGAUAUCAUGGCUGUCCUUCGUAACCAGGAUAAGAUAUGCUGCAACCGGGGAGUACAAGACAGUGUCAACUCGACAAAGUCAUGCCGACAUCUGGCCAGCGAAGACGGAUCGACUAGUCAGUCAUGCACUCGAGCAUACAUGCGAUGCUGUAAUGCAAUAAAAAGCAGAGUUGCAGGUGGCCGUGGUAGAUCGAGCAGCGCCGAUGGCGAUGUCAAUAAUCAGCCGGGGUAUGAUGAGAGUAAUAUUGAUCAUAGAGAAGACUUCAAAGAAACAUGGUUCAACGAACUCCUCCAUUUUGGCCCAAAUGAAACGAACAUUGAUUUGAAAUAUGCACUCCCAGAUUCUGUGACCACGUGGGUGAUCUCCGGAGUGAGCGUGUCGCCAGAGCAAGGCAUGUGUGUGGCUGUGCCCACCAACAUCACCAGCAAGAAGGUUUUCUUCGUCCACGUCGAUCUCCCGUACACUGCCGUCAGGACUGAGCAGCUUGAAGUCAAGGCAACUGUUUAUAAUUUGCUUGAGAGAAAAGAAGAAGUGACGGUGUAUCUGAAGGCAAGCGACAACAUAUGUUAUAAUGCAGCGCGUGGGGAAUACACUCAGCCGCAAGUGAUCAAUGUGGAUGCAAAAUCAGCCAAAUCUGUGAUUUUCCCAAUUGUUCCACUCAAGGCAACAACGUUGAACGAACCUGCUGAAAUAACUGUGAAAGCCCUGAGUAAGCGAAAUGGUGACAUUGUUAGCAAGAAACUGAGAAUUGAUAAUGAAGGGAUGAAGAAGAGUAAAACUGAUUCGUACAUCAUUGAUCCGGAGGGCGUCAUGGGUGAUUCUGGCAGUGGAUCGUCGGAUUGGAAUGUGACCAGAAACAAAAGAGAAAAGCGGCAUAUCAUCCAUUUUAAUCUCACAUUUCCAUACGAUACGAUACCAAACACUGACAUUUGCUCAGUCAGCAUUCACGGUAACUUACUCGGACCCAUGGUACCAUCCGGAGACUUUGACAUAACCAAUAGAAUCCAGCUUCCCCAAGGCUGUGGAGAACAAAACAUUGCUGCGAUGGGUCCACUUGUCUAUGCCACCAACUACCUGAAAAAGACUGGGAAACUGACUGGAAGACUUGAGGAUCAAGCAUACGAUUUUAUCACAAAGGGAUAUCAAAGCCAACUUGCCUUCAAGAAGAAAGAUGGGUCAUUUGCUGCUUACAGUUCUUCACCUUCAAGUGCAUGGUUGACCGCUUUUGUUGCCAAAGUGUUCUGCCAAGCCGCCAGCAUUAGAAGCAUGGGGGAAAUGCUCCCUAAGCACGUGGAGGAAGCCGUCAACUGGCUCUUCAAAAACGCUUGGGAGAGUGAAAGCGGGAGAUUCUUCGAAAAAUACCAUAUCAGGUACCCAUAUACGUUGGGCCAAGGUCAAACUCUAAUGAACGAUGUGACGUUAAGUUCAUUUAUCGUGGAAUGCAUUGCAACAUGUAAGGACGUGAUCAAUCAGUCAUCUGGUGACCACGCCCAUCGUAUGCGCACGGCAGUCCAGUACCUUGAGGAUAACCGCCGGAGCCAGCUUGGUAAACCAUACGGCCAGGCGAUCCUUGCAUAUGCCUUGACACUGACGCAUAGCAUUUAUAGACACGAAGCUAACCAAGAUCUUUGGAAUUUGUCACAUUUCGAUAGCGUUACGGGUAUGCGCUACUGGAGCCUGGUCGGUGAAGCCCCGAACCACAAUGAACCUACCUGGUAUACCGAGAAACCACCAGCUGUCGCCAUUGAGACCGCUUCCUAUGCCGUUCUCGCCCAACUUGCACUUGGUGACCAGGAAACCUUCUUCACAAAGAGUGGACCAAUAGCUUCAUGGCUGAUAAGGCAAAGGACAAAGACCGGAGCUUUCUCGUCUACAACUGAUACUGUCCUAGGAUUAGAAGCGCUUUCUGAAUACGCCUUUAGAGCCAGCUCGAGAAGUACCCUUGGCAUGUUGCUAAGUUUUUAUGGCAUGAAGACAGAGAAAUUCGAGUUGACCGAGGUCCAAGCAUUUCUACCCAGGACUUUUGAAAUUGAUAUUCCCAGCGGAGGGAGACUGUCUGUAGAAGCGAAUGGCACGGGAAUUGCCCAAAUUCAAGUGGAAUGUUCCUACCACGCUCCCUUCAAGGAAGGUGAGGGCUGCCCAUUCACAUUGGAAGUGGAGUGCACCGAAUACAUUGCCAAGGCCGCAAACCUUGAUUCCCGGUAUGAUGACUUUUCACACACAGAGGCAGACAGGUCAAGGUUUGGACGAUCUGCAAAUAGGGAAGCGAGUACUAAAUACGUGGCGAGGAUAAGUUCAACAAUCAGGUUUAAUGGUGGCGGUGGCCAGAAGGUUGGAAUGUCAAUUCUUGACGUCUCACUAUUCACUGGAUUCACGCCGUGGCUGGAUGAUCUGAAGAAGUUGAAGGAUGAUGGAACAAUUGACGGUUUCGAGACGACCCGAUCAGCCGUGCUGUUUUACCUGAAAGAGAUUUCUAGUACUAAGAACACGUCCGUGACGUUCCGAGCGACCCAAGAGUAUAAAGUAGGCAAGACACAGCCCGUUGCAGUCAAGGUGUACGACUACUACGAGCCUAACAGACGACAAUGCACCAAGUUCUAUCAUCCUAGCGGAGGGAAUAUCCUUCUUGCUCAGUCUUGUAACUUAUUGAACAGAAGGAAGGUCUGUCAUUGUCUAGCAGGAACGUGUGCCAAAUAUUGGGGAUUUAACCGAACUCAUCUCGACAGAGGACAGUAUGUUCGAGUCAAGAAUAGGACCAUUUUAUUCCGUGAAGCAUGUAACACUUAUGAUUACGCUGUCAAAGUUAAGGCAGGAAAGAGAUUGAUGAGAAAACCUGUUGUAACAAUGACCGCACAAGUUGAACGGAGCCUCAAACCAGGAAAAGAAAUAUUUGAUGCAUCCGAUACUAUACACUUUGAAUGGAGCUCAGAAUGCCCCUACCCGCUGAUGAAUGAGGGUGUGUCGUACCUGGUCAUGGGAAUGGAUGGACCUGAAUACUUAAACAUGACAAAGUACCUUCUCGAUGCACAUAGCCACGUUGUAGAAUGGUAUGAACGGAACAAACGUCGUAGAUACAAUUCCGCGCUCAAUUACCUCGGUUUGAAGCUACAAGCUGGCUGUGGGGUGUAGUAUUCAUACGAAGUCGGGCAGAAGAUGCAUUACAUCUACACCAUAGGACACUCGUGUAUGCUUCCAUCAAUUAAGUUAUCCACGAUGGGUUAAGUAUGUUCUUAAACAAUGAUGCAUGAGUCCUAACAAUUCAUCCUGGAAAAGCAUUUCCCCAGACUGUCGACUAUCAGGCCUUCCACUUGUACCGAGCGGCUUGCCCUAGAUUGCGCUACCUAGGCCUGGGAGAAUGGCUGCCUCACAAGAAAAGCAGCCUAAAUGUGCGCUCAUUUUCUAGAAAAAACUGGGUCCAGCUACCAUUGACAAUAUGACAUAAUGCACUAAAUUGUAUAGUUAAAUACUCUGUGAUGCACGCACAAAAUCGAUCUAAGCAUAUUUUCAGUUUUAUGUUUGCAAAGAUACAACAUGACGGCUGGACAUUUUCAUCUAUUUUGAUAAAAAUCAUGCUUGAAGAACUUUAUUACCGGAUGAUCAAAACGAUAUUUCAUGGAAAUACUCCAAAAACACAGUUUUUCUGACAUAUUUCAUUGAAUAAUUAUUCUCCCUUCACAUGCCCGGCCAGCUUGGCCUGAUUCUCGGCAAUCUGGGGAAUUGAUUCCCGGUGUAAAAGGAAUGGACGUCCUAGGAAUGCAGGACCACAUACAAUAGCCGUGUUUUGUCAACGAAUGUUGUUAAUGGUUUGGUUAGGGUUAGCUACAUAAUCUUCAACAAAGGAACUCGGCGACUCUAUUCACUUUAACAAAAGGACCGGACUUGGAUUCCAGGGGGACUUGCAUUUCGUUUACACCGGGAAUUACACUUCCAAAAUUUGUAAUGAUCCUGAGAGUAAACCCUGUGAAUUUUUUAUCUCAUCAAAAUUUUGCAAUUGCGUGUCGCCCGUCGUCCAUGCUCGUCGUAGUCAUCCGUCUCUCCAUCUCUCCGUCUCUCCGUUUCUCCGUCCCUUUCAUCCUCUGUUUAUAGCAUGGUGCGUUUUGGAACCAUUGCACCAUGCACUAAGUUUGUAAUGCACCAAUUCAAUCUGUACAAUCAUUGUACGAAAUAUACAAACAUAAUAAGUUGAACACAUGGUCAGUGGACCAUUAUGUUGUUAGGUUGGAUUGUGCAAUGUAUAUUAUUCUUUGGUAAAGAAAGUGAGAAAAAAAUACAAGUUGAA